AUGCGCGCACAACUAGUCCUCCUCCUCUGCUCGGCUAACCUUGCAAUCGCCACAUUCCACAAACCACUACCAGGACAUCGCCUGCUUGCCGGGCAUGAUGAUGAUGGCCUAGUCGCGCGCCAGAUAACCGUCGACGGGGGCACCGGCUGUACAAUAAAAAGUACCUGCUCCGAAUGCUACGGGGCCGGCAAUGUGCUGUGCAGUAAUGCGGGUUGUUUCGAUCCCUCGCAGGGUCAGCAGUGUUGUGCGGAUGGAUCAUACUGCGUCGCAUCUAACAACACGUGCUGUGGCUCGUUUGGCCCCGGUACAACAGGCACAGACGGCGUCGUCCCCCAAACCGCGUAUUCCGCAUUCUACUCAGCAACAUCACAAUGGCCCUGUUUCCCCACCGACACCAACGCAGAAUGCUGUCAGCGCGGGAACUCUCAAUGGUGCGGUGGCGAUUAUCCCAGCCAGGUCUGCUACGAUCCUUCGUCCGUACUCUGCUGCAGCAACGGCAAGGUUUGUACGGGCAAGGACUGCUGUAGUAGUUUGGGUGCUGUUGCGACUACGCCGAAUCCGAGUCUUGCGACGCGAACUGGGACACCGACUCCGACUGGGCAUUCUGGCGCAUCAACGUCGCAUACUACUACAGCUGUCCCGACGUCGGUGUCAUCUGCUACCGCAGCUGCAGCUACUACUACCAAGUCAUCUGAUGCUGGAAGUGGAUUGGGGGAUGUGAAGUGUACUGUGUUAAUGUUGGGAGCGUUUAUGGUGGGAUUAAUGUUCCUGUAA